AUGUAUAAUUUUGGAAAAGAGGUUAAUGAUCUCAAAAAUACGUAUAAUUUUGGUGGCACAACUCAACACAAUACCGAGCGAUUAAACGAAUCAUCGUUAUCGGAAAGACGGCAUCGUUCGAUGGAGGUAGGGGGUCAGCCUCAUAAUAAUGAAGAUGAAACGAAACCUUAUGAACAGCAAUACCCUCAUACAGGUGCUACGUUGACGGCUCAUGCUCUUUCUCACUCCUCUGUUUUUCCAUCAGAUUUACCAUCACGUUCUGUCUUUUCUGAUCCCCAGGAAACUUCAACGUUAGGUGUUUCUACAGAGCAUCGGAAGGAAAAAAAGGAGGAGAGCACUACAGUACAGAUUGCAAAGGAAGUUCUUGGACUUAAUAAAACGAAUACGUCUGGGAUGUCAUUUGAGGAGAAAGAGCGUGUAUUACUCCAAGAGAGAUGGAGAAGAGCCAUGGCUGAGGAGAAUCGUUUGAAGGCGCUUGAAGAAAGGGUAAUAAUCCAUGAGCGGGAGACUGCAUCUGCCGGUCUUACUCCUAACUUUCCCCCAAAAUUUUUAUGCAUUAAACCAAUUGUACACCAUGACAUUGAGCGAGUUCCUGAAGCAAGAAGGAAUUUUGUCAGGCUGAAUUAUAUUAACUGGAUUGCUACCUGUGUUAUGUUACUACUAAAUACGAUUGUUGCUAUUGCUGUGGUAUCUGCACCGUAUAAAAAGGGCGCUGAAAAAAAAUUUAAGCUUGCUCAAAAUAUUGUUUUAGCAGUUGUAUAUCUUAUAGGAGCGCCUUUAAGUUUUAUUCUUUGGUAUUGGCCGGUUUACUCGGCAUGUUCGACAGGUAGCACGACGAAGCAUUUGACGAGUCUUUGUGGUUUGAUUGUAGCUCUCGCCUUUACUAUUUUUAUUGUUGUUGGUCAGACAAACUACGCUGCGUGUGGAGUGGAUUUUGCAAUAGAUAUAUCUGAAACAAAACACAAACUUUUUGUUGUACCCGUAACGAUUGUGCUUGUUUUGUGGAUUGCAGAAGGAGUUUGGUUGUGUUACUGCAUUGCAAAGCAAUGGGUCUACUACCGUUUGGAUGUAAACGCUCAACAAGAAGUGAGACAUCAGAUGCAUAGUGUGAUAGGAGUAUAA